AUGCCUGACCCCCGUACAUACACCGACAUGGCACUGCCACUUGUCAAGACGCUGCCCGACUGCGUCGACUACUUCAAGACCGUGGAGCCGUUCCUGCCACAGUUCUACGACCUCCCGUACAAGGUUGCAGCGCACAUCACCGAUGUGCAGGCACUGAAAGACGUCUAUGUCAACACCAACCCGCUCAUGUCAUCGCUGGCAUUUGCCACGAUGUUCGUCACGCCGAUCGUGCUUGCCGUCUCCGAGAUCAACCGGAACUACUCGCAGGUUGACAGGAUCUGGAGUAUAUUGCCUGCCCUCUACAACGUGCAUUACGCACUAUGGGCUCAUCUCAACGGCCUGCCCACCAUGAAGCUGGACCAUAUCAUGGCUGUCUCAAUCAUUUGGGGUGCUCGCUUGACUUUCAACUAUUGGCGGAAGGGCGGAUAUCAGGUCGGCAGCGAAGAUUACCGAUGGGAAAUUGUCAAGGACUACGUCGGCGGACCCGGCAUGUUCAUUUUCAACGUCACAUUCAUCUCGCUAGGGCAGAAUAUUCUUCUUUGGCUUAUCACUACGCCCACGUAUAUCCUACUCCUCGUCAACCGCAUCAAGGGCAACGACAUCACAACCUACGAUACCCUAUUCGGCCGCUCCAUGCUCGCUAUCGUCGUAUUCGAGUUCUUUGCCGACCAAGCGCAAUGGAACUUUUACAAAGCGAGGAAUGCAUACCAGAAGACUGCCAAGGUACCAUCCGACCAGAAAUACACCCGUGAACAAUUAGACCGUGGCUUCAACACUACUGGUCUUUUCAGCUGGUCGCGCCACCCCAACUUCGCAGCCGAACAAUCCUUCUGGGUAUGCUUGUACCAAUGGUGCUGCUUGGAGACUGAGACCUAUGUCAACUGGGCGUUUGCCGGUGCAUUCGGAUACCUGAUCUUGUUCCAGGCUAGCACUUGGUUGACUGAGCUGCUCAGUGCGGGCAAGUACCCUGAAUACAAGGUCUACCAGGAGCGGGUUGGGAAGUUCCUUCCGAAGUUCGGCACCAAGAGCAUGGACUUGCCGCAGACGGAGAAGGAGAAGCAGAAGGUCAAGGACGCGAAGGCUGGCAAGGGCUCCAUGAAGACUAAAUAA